UUUUACAAAAAGUCUUGGGAUGAUCAUUUUGCUAUUAACAAUAAUUUAAAUGUUGGUGAAGCACCUGAAUGGCAUCCUAGCGAUAUUAUAGAAGGUACUGUUGAAUCUUUGCUGGAUGAAAUUCGGAAUUUUUUGGAAGCUCUUCAAAAUAAACUCCCAAAUAAUGAAUAA